AUGCCUUCCUCCAAACCUCGCUUGUAUGUCGCUCUGCACCCCUGUGGCACCAACAUCGAUGAGAAGAAUAAAUACCGCUGGAGCUUUCUGGUAGGGCCGAAGAAGGAAAGCGCGAAUCCGACGCCCGGCACGCGUUUCCGCGUCAAGAACAGCCCCAGCCGAUGGGUGUACGAGGAAACGCAUCUCAGCAAUGUUCAAAUGACCAAGCAAUUGCUCGCGCGGAUCCUCAUCGCCAAAGUCGAAGACUACGAGCGGCUGGUGUCGAUCCUGCGCAAUGUGCCCAUUGUGCAGGGCGAUCCGAGUUGGAGGUGCUGGUCGUGGAUUGCCAGUGCGUUGGAGAUGUUGGAGAAAGACGGUAAGGCUGUGGGAACAGCUGAACUGAAUUGGGACAAGAUUGAGGCGAAGGGUAGGCAGUAUGUGGCGCAAAAGACGGCGAACGGGCGUUAUGAGGAUGGAAUCAACGUCUUGGAGAAACCGAGGCCGACAUGGGAUUUGAUUGACAACAAGGAGACGAUAUCGUAG